GAAUUAAACCAGAAAAUCAAACCACAGGUAGAAGGUAUAUAUGCACUAAAUAUUCUUUCCGUACUAUGGAAUAUUAAUUGUUCAUUCAGUUAGUCACUAAGUUAGCCUAUCACUCAAUCUGUUCACUGUCUGUCUAUCAAUCAUUCAGAUUUUGUUGGUAUCUUUCUCGAUUCAAUAGUUGAAGGGUGUUGUUGAUGGAAAUUAUCGAAUGGCAAUUUAUAUACAUUUUAUUAGACCUAACCAGUACUAUGCCAACAAAAUCUUAAUAUUUACCCAAUAUUUACCCAUAACCUAAAACAUGGCAGUACCGUAUAUUUAUAUAUACAGGAGCUUGUGGUUAGAGCUUGACAACUGGCCUGACAGUGUACCUCAGUUAGUCGGUUGGAGCACUGCACCAGAAUUGCACGGCGACAGGUUCAAUUCCUGCCAAGGACCUAAAGUGACAUUUUUCGCAGCUGUUCCGGGUUAGGUCGACUAAUAAAAUGUAUAUAAAUUUCCACUCGAUAAUUCCCAUCAACAAUACCCUUCAGUCAAUCAUUCAGCCAACCAUUUAUGACUCGAUCUCUUUUCUCUUAUUCAGAAUAUGUGUAUCUACUGUAAAGGUGAUGAUGCAAGACAUGGACAGAGGCCUUUGUUUGGAAAUCAAUAGGGGUGCACCGGAACCAAUUUUUAAACUUCUGGCCGGAUCCAACUGGAACUGGAAAAAAGUUCCGGCCAGAACUUCCAGCGAGAACCGGAACUGAUUUAUUAAGCCAUUAUAUAUAGUCAUACGUUACUUUGUCUACAUCAUCAAGGAGAGAGCUUGCAAAUGUUAGAAGAAAAAGAUUGACAAACGUUAAACAUUAUCAUAAAGUGUUAAUAGGUAAGUGUACAUUUUUCUUAUGUAGUCCAAUUUUCUUCCUACUGUGAACUUUUGUUAGACACAAAAACGUUUGAUAUUUCUGUCUCUCUGAAAACGACAAAGUUCCGGUUCCAGCUAUGCUUUUUUUAUUAGUGCCGGCCGGAACUAGAAUUCUGAAAAAUCGGGGUUCCGGCUGGAACUAACCAGCCGGAUCUGAGUUCCGGUGCACCACUACAAAUCAUUUUGUUGCCGAUAUAUCUGAGAUGAUUUAUGCUUAACCCAAUCACUGCCAGUGCUCUCCCCUCCGGGGUUUAGACAAAUUAAGUUGCAUUGCACCCCAAUGUGCCCUAGCUACUUUAUUAUUUACUCUAUUAAACACCAAAUGAUUUUAUUCGUGAGGGGCAUGGGUUAAUUUGUUCAGAAAUAAUGGCAAUCCAUAUCAUAUUUAAAAAUAGGUACGCUAAGCGUACAUGUAUCUGCUCAUGGUGAUUGCAAUGUUGCAAAGGAGUUCAAUCAAUAGUCAGUAGCUUUUAAAAAUAUUAAGAGACUGAUGUUUAAAUGAAUAUAUUUUUUCUAUAAACAUUGCAAAUAUAUAUUAUACACAGUUGACUAGUUAAAUGAUCGAGGUUAGAUUUAUACAGGGUUCGUACAUGUGAAGAAGAGUCAAAUUCAAAUCCAUGUAUCAGCAAAUUCAAGGACUAAAUACUGAAGAAAAGGGGUUAGAAAUCAGUAAAAUCUGACGUUAAAUUAUUCAAAACGCAACUUUAAUGAGUUUCGAACAGCUUUGUCAGACAGUUUUUUUAAACAUUUGUGGUGUUAAAAAAACAUACAUAUGCAUUAUAUUAUUUGAGCAGAAUUUGUCUUUGAAAAAAUAGAAGAUGCGUAGCCAGGUUAAAACAUUAUUUAUCGAAAGCUCGUAGAAAUAAAUAUUAAGUCAGAGAACGGUCAAUAAAUAAUAGAAUUUGUCUUGUUUGGCACCAGAACAAUCACACACUGAGCAAAACAUUUUGGUAAAUGUCCUUUGACUCUCAACAAACACUAGACUGCACUGCAAGAUAUGCUCAUUGUGGUAUAUAAAUGAUUACGGUUACGCCUUUUUGGCUGAGUUUUGCCUGUGUGUCUCCAUACAAGUUUCUGGAAAGUACGUCAUUUUGACUAUCGAGCCUCGUUUUCGUGUUUGAAACGUGAAGUUUAACUAAUGCCACAUAUACGAAAACGAGGCGGAACUGAAGUAUUCUGUGCGUCCUCGUUCCCAAGGCUUCUUCUGUGCUUUUCUGUAUUCUGCAACCUCGUCCCCAGGAUCUUCCUCGUUAUGGCGCCCUGGGGACAAGGUUGUGUAUUCUGUGCUUUUCUGUGCUAGCGUUCUCGUAUCGACCCCCGACCACGCACUUCAUCAAAGUUCAUUUACACUUUACUGCAAAAUUUACUAUUGCUGCUAAAGCUAUAACACGAAGGCCCACGUUGGACAUUAUAAUUGUGUUUGAGGAUUUCCGUGACCAGAUUAGCGUUUCUGACCGGCUGUGUACGUGAUUCUAAAAUGUGUCGUCCACCGCACUCCGCAGCCUAUCAGUCGUCAUGUGCUGCUGUAAAAACAUUCUCAACUUCAUAUUUACAUUUGUUCUCACUGAUAACCUGGGUGUAUGUGGGUGUGUCUCUCUCCUCCGCAGAGGCUUUUAAAGAAUAUGAAAUUCGAAGGAAUUGAAAGUUGUCUUCAUACCAGAUACCUUCUAGCGCAAUUCCAAUUCCUUCGAAUUUCACAUUCUUUAAAAGCCUCUGCGGAGGAGAGAGUGGGUGUGUGGUUUCUGUGCAGAUUUGCAUGUGUAUAUUAUAAUUUCGCCUCCAGCUUAAUAAUACAUAUGAAAAAAUCACUCAAUUUUCAUUGGGUAAAAAGCAGUAAUGCAAUUUUUUUGAAAUGCAAUGCGACAAAAGAAGUAAGUGCCAAGCUCCAAUAAGCACUAUAAAAUUUUAAUGAUGGACAAAAUAUGUGAAACCAUUACAUGAAAUAUUGUAUAUACUAUAUGUGAAAUAAUUACAUAUGCCAUAUCUGUCCCAGUUUUUGUUAUUAACUAUCAUAAUUUUUGUCAAUGCAGCCUUACCGAAUACAUUAACUACU